AUGGGAGUUUGCCAAUAUUCUAUGAAAUUUAUACUUUUCUCCCUUAUUAAAACCUACAAACUUAUACCUUUGCCUUUGCUGAGAACCAAGUUAAAUGCAUUUGAUUACGGUUGUGAUAGCAUCUCAAAGCCAUCUGCCACCAUCUCCAUUGAGGGUCAGCAAGUUAAAUAUAAGACGUCUGCUUCUCAAAUGUUGACAUUAGUGCGAUAUUUCGGAUUAAUUGUUGGCUCGUAUGUGCCUGAGGAUCACCCUGUAUGGAAUUUUUUCUUGUUGCUCAGGCGGAUCAAUGACAGGUUGGUAAAUCGUAGGGUUUACUCUGACUCAUGUGACGCGUUGGCUUAUGAUAUUGAAGAAAUUAACCGGCAAUAUCUGAAGCUCUCGAAUUACACAUUAAAGCCUAAGUUCCAUUUCAUGAUUCACUACCCCCGAAUGAUGAAAAAGUUUGGUCCUCUCGCGAACUUGUCGACAUUCAGGUUUGAAGCGAGGCACAGAUUCGCGAAGAUGGCAGCGCAUACUGUUGCUGGCAGAGUAAAUAUUUGCAAAACUAUAGCAUUAAAAAAUCAAUUGAUGCUAAACGAGGUUUUUCUGAAGCAACAAAAGUUUAACAGAUUUGUAUGGGGUAAAAGAAAAACUGUCUCUGAUGAGGAAAUUUCAGCUCUUCGCGGUAUAUGGGAUACUCUGCCUGCAGAAAACAAUCUUAUUGCUGUGUCUUGGGUAAAAAUUGACGGGAUUUUUUUCAAACCUUCCUACAAUGUAACUGUUGAAUUAUCAGAGGAGAAUGACUAUUUACCGAAGUUUGCUGAAGUUGAAAAUAUUUAUGUCAUGGACAAUCAAGUGUAUUUUAUUUGCCGCUUGUUCAAGACAUUGACAUUCAAUGAGCAUUACUAUGCUUAUGAAGUGUUAAGAACUGACGAAAAAAAUGUUUUAUCCUAUCAGGAUCUUGUUGCUCCUUUGCCUAAUACAUUAACAAUAUUACCCUCGCCACUGCAAUUGUAUGUAACUUUAAGAUAUCCUUUGGAUUAG